AAUUUUUUUUUCGCUCUGAUAAAUUUAUUGCCGUUCAAUCCUCCCUCCCUUCGUUUUUCGCUCAUCUCUUCUUCCCUCUAUUUUAUUGACCAAUCAUCCAUCCACUCAUCCUUCUUUAUUCAAGGUCCAACGACUAGCUUUUUAAUAUUACUAUCCCUCCUAAAAAUAUUUUUUGGGAAAGAGGAUUUCCUGUUUUUGGAUUAAAAUAAUUUAUUUUUAGUUUUGGGACCAAAUGUCCCCCCUUAUUUUUUUGAUAAGAAAAAAUUGUGUUUUAUUUUUUUUUUAAUUUUUGUCUAGAGGGGUUUUUAAUAUUACUAUCCUUCCUUUAAAUAUUUUUUUGGGAAGGAGGAUUUCCUGUUUUUGGAUUAAAAUAAUUUAUUUUUGGGACCAAAUGUCCUCUCUAUUUUUUUUUGAUAAGAAAAAAAUUGUGUUUUAAUUUUUUUUAAAUUUUUGUCUAAAGGAGCAUUCAUUUUGCAAUUUUUGAACAUUUUAUUAGUCAUUCUGGACAGAAUUAUUGUAGAGUUAUUUUAAUCCUUUGAUAGUGAGAGCGGAGUGGACGACUACGACUUGGGGUUGGAUUUUCCCCUAUAAUCCUAAGAUGAAUUAAUUUUUGAAAAAAGAGCUUGGUACCAUUCGAUAGAGAAUUAAAUUCUCUAUAAAACAAAAUUUAAAUUAAAAAUUUUUAUUGAGAGGAAAAAAAGUUAUGGCAAAAAACCUUUCAGAAACUCAACCUUUUAUUGACCUAUCCUUUGAUUUUUGGCCACAAUUCUUUUUGCUCGUUCAUUUCAAUUUUUAAUUUUAUUAUUUUUUGUAGCUAAAUUCCUGCUCUAUUUAAUCAUACAAAAAAUUAUUUUAAAAAAUUUUUUAUUUUUUUUUUCUUGAGAAAUUUUAAAUCAACUGAGGCCCUUUUCCUUGCCUUUCUAACCCCCUUGUCUUAAGAAAUUUUUUUUCGUCUUAAUUUUAAAUUUUUUCAAAUUUUUCCAUUAAUUUUUUAAUCGUUUUCUGAUGGAUUAACUAUUAAAAAAUAAAAAAAUAUUUAUGAAUGACAAUCACACGCCUUUUCUUUCUUCCUGCUAUUUUUGUUGCUGCCACUUUACUACUUUGGUUGUUAAUUUGUUAUGCACCUGAAUGGCCUCAAAUUGCGGAAACAUCAAAAAUAACUGAUAAAAAUAUGACAACAGAUAAUAUUGAAAGGAAAAUUGUUGAGAAAAAAUUUGUGAGUGAUGGAGGUGAAUUUUAAUUAAUUUUUGGAUUUAAUUAGAUUAGUGGGGGGGGGGGUAUUUUUGAGUUGGUGGUAGUUGAGGACCCAUAACUUUGGGUUAAAUAGAGAUAUAAAGUUGAUUUUUAUUUUAAACGAUAGAGGAGAUUCAGAGCUACAAAAUGCCUGAAAAUUAGAUUCUUGGAUUAAAAAUGAACAGACUUGUGAAUUUCUA